CUUUUCGUAUUUUGUCAAUAGAAGUCGUUGCAGUCGCAUAUUUGCAGUGCUGCCAAUCACAUUGUGUCAUACUACAUAUAUAGUAUUGGAAAGGUGAGAUUUUAAGCUUCAUUUAACCAAAAAAUAAAUUAAAUUCGGGAAUGUUGAAAAAAAGCAACAGCUGUUCAAAAAUGAAUGAAAAUAAUGAAAAAAAUCGCUAUUAUUUGAAAUUUUGUGAAGUUUACGGAGACGAUGCUGUAUCAGUUCGUGUAGCACCACAAUGGUUCGCUCGCUUCUGUUCUGGAAAUUUCAAUUUACACUGAUGAAAGUUUUACACUGAUGGAAUAAUGUCUCUAGCAAAAAAUUGGAAAAAAGUGGUCGACCAAAAAGGUACAUAUGUAUUUGUUUAUUUAUUUAUUAGUAUAAAUAUUAAAAAAAAGUUAAAAUUUGAUUAAAAAUACGAAAAGACUUUAUCGACUAUCCAAUAUUGCCUGCUGAAUUUAGUAUACUUAAUACUUUUCAUUUUUGCUGUUGGUUUUUCUCGAUUCAGUUUUAAAAAUAACUUAAAAAUAAAAUAUGUAUUUCAUGCAAAAUAUACGCAAAAUAGUAAAUAUGGGAGUUUAUGAGUAGAUCCAUUACGCUAUAUGUAUUCAUUAAAAAUAAAUGUUUAAGCACUUAUGUAAUUGUUAAUCAAAUGCCAUAAAGGGUUAAUAAAUUAUGUAUAUGUUCUCAUAUAUAAGGCAAAAAAAUUAUAAAGCCUCUUUUUUAUGCUAUUUUAUGGUCCUUAAAUACAUUAUGUUCUCAACUGGCUCACUUAACGGGUUAAGUUACAUUUUUCUCUCUUGCGAAUAUUUCUUCUUUUUAAAUUGACAAAUAUAUUCACCUCAUCACCAAUUAACAGUUACAGAAUCGAUUGUCUCCCUAACUAGGCGAGGCGAUUUCACAAUGAUACGAACAUAUAUCGUGCAUAUGAAUACAUAGGAAUGUAUAUAAGAGAAUGUAUAUUAAGCUCUUAAAUAUAAUUAAUUGGAAGUAAUAAUAGUUAGCCGUUCGAGCGUUUAUUUAGAACAAAAAAAUUAUAAUAAUUUUCUGCGAAAAAACUAAAAUAAUUGAAAACCCUUAGAAACAAAAAAAUAAAAUAUUUAGAAGCAAACAAAAAAUACAAACAUUUAGAACUAAAAAAAAAUAUAUUUAUAAUAUUUAGAGACAAAAAAAAAUUUAUUUAAAAUGUUGGUUCAUAUAUUUAUAUUGAUUUUUAUGAAUUGUGUAAGUAAAUGCUUGUGUUUUCAUGUGAAUUUUAAUGCAUUUUAUGGCGCACAACUCGAACCGUUUAAUACGCAAAUACAAAAACGUGAAAUGGCGCAGUUUUUCGAUAAAGCCGCCUACUCCUUCAAUGGCCUCAGUAAAAUCGAGUCGGUGCCGGUUUCCUUCCCGACUGAUAUUUGUAUACUCACGUUGGAAGGUGUAAAAUAUGCAGCCUCCUUGCAUAGAAACAAAAAUGGUGUGCGGCACUUAACAGUUUACAAAAAUGUGAACAAUAACUUCAAUGAACUGCACAAGAUUGCAAUGCCCAGUGCAGUUGCCAUGGAUUGCAAAGCGCUCGCUUCAAAGGGCUACAUUGCGUUAGCCUUCAACCUCACACAAACGAUUGAGAACGCACGCGAUGGCUCGCCGAUUUACGUGCUCACCGCCGAUGAUCGCCUACGCGCCGUACAAUUUUUUGGCACUAAAAAUUUGUACUCGAUUUAUUUGCGCACCACAGCGAAUGAUCUGUUUAUGUUGCAAACAUUGCGCAGCAGCGAUGAUGCACCGAACCCACACUGUCCCUAUUACAAGUGGUCGGGCACAUCGUUUACGCUGCUCGCGCGUAUACCGUGUAGCAAUGCGCGUCAUGUUGAACCGUUCGCCAUUAACUAUGAGAAUUAUGUGGCUUUGGCGAACUAUGCCGAUCAGAAGGGACGCACCACAACAUAUUCGGAAAUUUAUAAAUUCAUACGCGAAAAGAAACGUUUUCAGCUCUUCCAGAAGAUACGCACCUAUGGUGCGGUGGAUGUGCGUUAUUUCAGUGCGCCGCUGGACGAGGUGAAGCGCCGCCACUUCCUAGUCUAUGGCAAUUCGGUGAGCAGAAGUAAGAGUGCUGUGCGCGGUGAGGACACCAAUGAAGCGGAUUCGGUCUUUUACGUCUUCGAUAAGGGACAAUUCGUGCCGUAUCAGAGUUUAUCGCUGUAUGCGGUGGAGCAGUUCCUUCCAGUGCAAAAUGUAGAUGCGGAGAAAUUCUUAUUGCUCGUGGCUUGCAAGGAUCAGGAUACGAAAAUUUACAAUCUGAACGAUUGGAAAUUCGAACCGUCAAAUGUGCAAUUUACCGAGGGCGCUUUGGGGCGCGGCGUAUCGAAGAUGAGAAUUCAUCAAGAGAACGGAAACAGCUUUUUGGUCAUCGCAAAUGAGAAAAUGACCGAAAAUGAUACCAAUAUUUUUCUGCCGAUCUUCAAGCAAGACGAGCACGCCAAUGCAUUACGCCAACAGAUUAUCGAUUGGACUAAAACGCAGAUAGAGCGAUUAGCGCAAAUCGAUAUUAGUAAACUGCAACAGGAUGUAGAGCAAAAAUUGUCACAAGGUCAACGGCCGAACAUCAACACGCAAGUGCCAGUUAUUCCUCAGGCCGACAUACAAACUGUGCACACCAAUGCGUUCGUUUAUCCGAAACAUCAUUUUACCAGUCAUUAUUGGCAGGCGUUGAAUUUCGCCACACAAGCAGUGAAUGGCAUAGAGGCUGAGCUCAAAUCAGCGACUAAAGCGCGUCUUAGACGUGCCACACCCACAACUGAUGCUAUCAAAGAAUAUGCCAACAUUAGAGUCGACUCACUUACUGUUAAGCACAAACUCGAGGCGCAACAAGUGAACGGUGUUAAGGCAACACGACCCACAUUUGAGCGUAUCAAAGCUAAAAAAGUGCGUGUAACGGGUAGGUAUCAAGCGACGGAACGCACAUUGCAGGAGCACGUUUCCACUGCCACAACACCAACAGUUGUGGCGCCCACAUUGGCAGUCAACAACUUACAAAUCAAUGGGCUUUUGAAUGAUUAUAAAUGGAAUGAUUUGUUAAAUUAUACAUUGAAGCGUGAGGGUGUGCAGUUUCUUGAACAGUCGGCGCAUAUAGGUAAUUUAGUAGCGGAAGCAGUACGUGUGUUAAGCGAAGAUAUUGAUGGCAAUAAUUUGAAUGAUCUCAUACCAAUUGAUGGUGGCGAUGGAAUGGUGGACAAUCAUAUAUAUAUGGUUAAUCAAUCGAUACUGUUUGAAGCACCCGUAAAAGCUAAGCAGUUGUUUAUACAUGAGCGUUUAAAUCAUAUCAAUGUGCAAGAGCAUAAACUUGAUGUGCUGCUGAAGAGAGUGCCAAAUGUAACACAGGUGAUAGAGGGUGUGAAGGCUUUUGAAAAUGUGCGCAUUUUGCAGCCAGUUACAAUGGCGGUAAGUGUGGGGGGUAGGACGUUGGGUUCAAGUUUACAGUCCUUGUCCUCACAACAAAUCAUACACGAUGACCUUGUGCUUAAUGGAGAUUUUACGAUAAAAGGCGAUGCAAUUAUAUCCAAUUUACUAAGCGUCGGCGAUUUAUUAGAUCGAAAUACCGAAAUUAGUACUAAAAAGACGCUGGAAAAUGGUAUCGAUAUAACGCAGAGGUUGGCGAAUGUUAAUAUAAAAUUUGAACAACCAGUGGAAGCGAAUAAUACAUUAUUAACAUUCAUCAAUACAAUGGACUUGCAGCAACUAAUUAAAACGAAUUUUAAAAGCCUACAGCUAAUUGAGGGCGGGAAACAUUUCAAGCAGACACUCGAAAUACGCAGAGGUUUCAGUGAAGUGAAAAAUUUAAAUGGUGUGGAUAUUGAAAAAUUGCCCGAACGUUUUUUAUUUAAGUCUGUCAACCAAACGAUCGCCGCACCAAUGCAUUUGGGUAGCAUACAAACGUCCAGUGUUAUCGCACAAAAUGUAAAGCUAAAGGAUAGGCCAAUAGAAACAUAUGUCACCAGCAACGGACACCAGCAUUUGCCUGUCACACUAACAGUGGCAGAGUUAAGUGCACGAUCUUUGAACAUCGAACGUUUGCAUACUAAUGGACAUAUUUUCGGCAAGUCAGUGAACUCUGAAUACAAACAACCACUUAUGGCGCAGUUAUUGUCUAACAUGACAAAAGGCGCUGAUUUGCUAACACCAAGGCAAAAAUUCCCGAAUACUAUAUUUGUGGGCAAUUUACGUUUAAGUGAUGGCAUUAUUAAUGGACGUAAAGUUCAGGAAAUAGAAAAACAGCUGCAGCAUCUAAAUGCAGAUAUACAUUUUGAGGGGAGCUACAAAUUCAAUUACAAUAUGAAUAUAAGUCAUUUAACAUUUCAAGGUAAAUUUAAUGAUAUACCUGCCAUGGAAUUCGGACAGAGUUGGUUGCAGAAAAGUGGCAGACAAGUCUUUACUUCUCCACAAAGCUUGUCGGAAGUAAACUGUUUACAAGAAAUGCAACUUGAUGGCACACUUAAUAGUCACCGAAUAGAUGAUUUCUUUGCUAACACCUACUGGAUAAACCGGAAUGAGUAUAUUGACACCAUGGACUUUCAAAACCCUAUUCAAAUGGAGGCGAUGCUUAGUACAAUCACGUUAAAUGGUAUACAUGUACCUCUGGAUAUUAUUAAUGCCAACUCUACUGCACCGCAAAGGCUUUAUGCCAGCAUAUCCAUUCACGGUCAGCUUAAUGUAUUAGGUUCUGUUGGUAUUUACAAUGUAUCCACCCUGAAUGGCAUAAACUUGCGGGAAUUGGAAAGGUUCCUGAGAGGUGUUGGAGAUGACACUUUUCAUGUAGAACAUGCGAGCUUUGCUCAGACGCCACUUUAUCACACUUUAAAUCGAUACGAAAUGUCGAUGUUGCUAGACAAAGUGUGGCUAGCCAAUGAAAACGUACGUCUGAGUCAACAUGUCGAAUUGGCAAACGCUACUUUUGAGGGACUGUUGGAGUUUGAGGGCUUAGUGAAUAAUAUAAACUUGCAAUAUUUAAAAGAAAAUUAUUUGAGUUUAUCUCGACCACAAGAUAUGCGCACCGAAUUGAUUCUGGCCAGUGAGACAAAGUUCGAAGGUGAAUUGUCUGCCAACAACAUACGAUUGGCUGGAAUGCUAGUGGAAAAUAGCAGAAAUUCGGCUAUGAAUUUCGACGAAUUCGUCGCAAAUACACUCAAAACAGAUGGACCUCAUGAAGUACGCGCUAGCUGGAGCUUAAUAAGCGCACUAAUAAUACAAGAAAAUUUGGAGAAUGUACAAAUAAACAAUUUGAAUUUGGCGCAAGAUGUAUUGCGUUUGGAUACACCUUGUGCUCCUGUAACGGCACCAAAACACUUAAAGACCUCUAAUAUUCGAAAACUAUAUACCACAACAAGCAGUUCCAUAAAUGGUAUACCAAUAAAUGAUUGGAUGCACACGGCGGUUUAUGUGCAAGGCAAUCACACAGUUAAUGGUAACAUCACUCUCAACACCGUUAACAUGUACAGAGAUCUGAGUGUAUUAGGCACCGUUAAUGGCAUAUCUAAUUUCGGCGAAAAAACGUUAUUUUUACGUAACAUUAGAAAACAAAUACUACACGGAGAUAUAUACAUAAAUAGUUUGUUAUCCAAGAACCGGGGUAUAUUAGUAAAUAGUUUUGACAAUUUGUCCGUUAACAGCAUCAAUGGACAACAACUAGGCGAUUUCUAUGCGCAGAUCGCAAAUAGUUCCGAAGUUGUAACCGUUGACGGGAAUUUGGUCUUUCUGCAGCCGAUGGUAGUCCAAGAGUAUCAUAAUCGCGCUACAAGUGAAAGCAAAUGGAAACGUAAUAUAUCUACAGUAAACGAAGUUGUAGACAAUGAAAUGACCGAGAUGCCCAGCUGGAGGGAUAUUCUUGCAAGCGUGCAACAGUUAAAAGGGUUUGUAGAUGCUUCCUACUAUAUCUUGAACACUUUUAAAAUUCGCCAAAGAAUACCCGUUAAUGCUACUAAAAUGGUACAUUUCAAACUGAACGAAGAAGACAAAAACUCCAUGGAUUGUAUUGGAAUAAUGAAUGAAAAUAAUGAACAUUCCCCCGUAAUGUACUAUAAAUGGUCAUUAACAGAAGAACAAUUUCAACCUAUGCAAGGUUACUCUUGGCUUCCAAAACAGGCUAAGCUGAUUGACAUGGCACCGAUUUUAUUUAGCUAUGCUGAUAAUGAAUAUAAUGUCGCCGUUUUAAAUAAACAUAAUUCAAGUUAUUUAUUAUCAAAUCUAAAAUUAAAUUUAGAAAAUUUGCUAGAUGGUGAGCAAUUCUUUUCAAAUUUAAAACAUCUUACAAUAGAAGGAGAACACUGUUUUGCCACUCAAGCAAAAACAAACAAUGAUUUAACUAAGGUAUAUUGUAUCAGUAAAGAAAUGGAUCCUCAUAUCUACGAAAAGUUUGUGAUUCCUGGGGAUGGUAUUCAAGAGCUCCUACAAGUAGGCAGGGACAAAAUAGCAAUUUUGCUACCCGAUACCGCUGAAAUAUGGACAACACAUCCAAGUUUAAACCUUAAACAAAGUUUGUUUAUUACAAAAGCUAUGAAAAUGGCGAGUACGAUGUUCAAUAACAACACAUUCUUAGCUAUUCAAUGCGAAAAACAAGCCAACAGCCUGCAUGGAGGGACAUUAGAAAUUUAUAGUUUUAUAAAUUCUACAAAUUUUGGGCAUGUCCAAACUUUGGACUGCUCGGAUGUUAUACAGAUAUCAUUCGAAAAAGUUACACGCACAGGAGAUUUGCUAUUGUUUACUUUGAGACGAAAUAUUAAUGCACCAUUGACAAUAUAUCAGUACAAGGGCAUUUCGGGCUUCCAGCAAAUUGUAGGUGCAACCACUUUACCAGCAAUAUAUGCAUAUCACUUGUUGCAUUUAGAAAAUGCAGAUAAACAGAUAAUUGCAUUAACAACCAGCGAAGGAUUGUUAUUUGUGGAAAUAGUGUUAAGAAAAUUUUGAAACAAUUGUUAAAUUAGAUUUUUUUUACAUAUGUAUAAAGUUAAUUAAUAAAAUUGUUGUAUAUCAAUUA